CCCUCUCUCCCAACAUGUCGCACUCUAUGCUUCAUGCUGUUCUUGCUCUUCUGGUGCUGGUGUCGACUGCUGCUGCCAGUGGUAGCUUCAGCGGCCAAGUCCUCGUGGCCGCUCCCGGCAGUGUCCUGGCUGACAGCAACCACAGUCUGGAGAUGUAUUACGACAUGCCGCAGCACAAUGUGUCGUUGGCUCUGGCGCGGUCGGCGUCGAUGCUGCCUUUGGGCUCAGUUGUGCUCUCGUCAUCUCCCGAGAUGUACAUCGGAUCGGAUGUGACGCGGUCGCUGGUCGUCGUCUCGGCUCCGAGCGUAGACGUCGCACAUCUGGUCCGCAAUCAGGUGGAGAGCGAGCCGGUCUACGCCUAUGGCUCCGGACUGGUGUUUGAUGUGGCUUUGACCGACGUUGCCAAGCUGCAGGCGAGUGUGGCGCAAGCGAGCCUGGAGACGGUGGCCGUGCCGAUGGCGCCGGAGCCGAUGAUGUUUGGGGUCAACGGCACGGCGCGGCUGGAGGAGGUGCUCGCGCGCGUGGAGACGAUGUCCGCUCCAGAUGCAGCCAUUGCCAAACUUGGGGCGCAGAUCUCGCCGGCGCAUAUGAGGCAGACGCUCGACUACCUGACCGGCAAGACGUCGACGCUGACGACUCGUCAGUCGGGCUCGGAGGAUGCGGUCAAGGUGAGCGAUUGGAUUGAGGUCCAGCUCGAGGGUCUCGGCCUCGAGAUCGAGCGCGACAACAAGUCUUGGAAGGGCUACUCGGACGACAUCUACGGCACGCUUCCCGGACUCCACAACGAGACGUACAUCCUCAUCGGCGCGCAUUACGACUCGUGCGGGCAGAACACGUCGUCGACCACCGAUCCGGCGCCCGGCGCCAACUCGAACGGCUCAGGCGUGGCGGCGCUUCUGGAGAUGGCGCGGGUGCUGGCGUUGUCCGACCGCACAUUCAACGCCUCGAUCAGGUUCGCGUUCUGGACUGCCGGAUGCCAAGGCUACUGGGGAACAAGGUGGCGCGCAAACCUAAUCGCGGUGCGCGGCUGGGACAUGGUCGCGUACAUGAGCGCAGACAUGGUGGCCUACCGGCCGCCGGGCAACCCGAUUGAGAUUGGCAUCAAGAGCCGCUGGUCGACUCCGAUCGCCAAUGAGGUCUUCCUCGCAGUCAUGGCGCUGUACGAACCCGAGGUUCGCACCUGCUACUCGCUCGAGACGCGCGGCUCGCAGACACCAUUCUUCUUCUUGGAUCUCAUCGCCAUGGGCGUCACCGACACCUGCGGCUUUAUUCGGGACCCGGCGUACCGCCAGGCCGACGACGUGGUCGAUCGGCCUGGCUUUGACCUCGACGGCCAGCUCACCGUCACCACCCGUGGCCUCCUUGCCUCUGCCGUCACCAUGAUCGGUGGUAUCGUUUAGCUGUCGAUAAACAACAAACACGUUCAG